AUGUCUAACAGCAUCUCAAGUACAAGUGCUCAAUCUUCUACUAGUACCGAACAAUCUAGUAGAGGUCGUCAUAACCGGGGCGGGCGCACAGGUGGACGUCCGUAUCGUAGAAGAGGGCAUGGUGAACGCCAUUCCGAAAAUCCAGCACAAAGUCCAAACGGCAUAUGCAAAUUCGAUAAACUUGACAAAGUGGAAGGAAGCACUGACAGUACUUCAUUCAGCGAAAACGGCUGUAUCAUAUGUACCGAGUCGAUCACUUAUUAUGCUGUUGCCGAAUGCAACCAUCGAACGUGUCAUCUUUGCAGUCUGAGGUUACGAGCUUUGUACAAAAAUAAGAACUGCGCUUAUUGCAAGACUGAACAAACUAAGGUUAUUUUUACCCGAGAUUCUGAAAAGCCGUUUCAAGACUACAAGGACACCGAUAUCCCUUUUAAAGAUGAGAAAUUAAAUAUUUUUUGUGAGGAUCAGGAAAUUUAUGAUGAUAUAAUUAAAAACUUGAGAUUCAAUUGUCCUGGCGAGAACUGCAAAGCAGUUUGUGAUGGUUGGCAAGAUUUGAAAAAACAUGUGAGAAGAGAACAUAAAUUGUGGCUUUGUGAUCUCUGCAUUCAACAUAAAAAAAAAUUAUUUGUGCAUGAGCAUAAACUCUACACGAGUAAUCAGCUUGAUAAACAUUAUCAAGAGGGAGACGAAUCCGGGUUCACUGGACACCCUAGAUGUGACUUUUGUUAUAUAGACUUUUAUGGUGAUGAUGAGCUUUAUGAUCAUUGCCGAAAUAGUCAUGAACAAUGUCAUAUUUGUUUACGAGCUGGAAUAAAACAUCAAUACUAUGUAAAUUACGGUGAAUUGGAAAAACACUUUAAAAAUGAUCACUUUUUGUGUCUGCACCAAGAAUGUCUAGACAAAAAAUUUGUAGUUUUCGAAACUGAUAUCGAUUUGAAAGCCCAUGAGCUAGAAACUCACGGAUCCUACGUUAGCGGUCAGAGAGCAAAACAACAGGCGAGGCGGAUUGAAGUAAAUUUUAUAUCUUACGGUGAAUCAAGAUUUAGGAAUCGUCAGAGAUAUCAGGAAAGGCAAGUGUCAGAAAAUAGAAUCGAUGACAAUGACGGUGGUGGAUCUACAAUUGAAGAAGCUGUGCAACAAAUACGGAACAUUCAUAUGUCGGAAUCAAACUCUUCGAGCGGUGGUACAAGUGUCAAUGCAAGGGCAGUAAGACCACCUCCAGGUUUUGGUGUUUUGUCUCAUGAUGAAGUUAUCAGUCCACCAGAUGAACCACCCCCACCACCGCCACAAAACGUCCAACGUAAUAGAACCCCUAAUCCUACUGUUUCUCGCGUGAGGGAUGAUGAAUUUCCAACAUUAAGUGCUGCAUCUAGGGUCAUUAAUAACGCUGGCAUACCUCCUAUAAAUUAUAGUGAAAAGGUGCGUGGCAGCAGAUCAUUGAUCAAUAAGUCAAACCCUACGUUGCAGCAACGAUCAAAAUUAAAUGGGAAAGGCAAACCAUCAACAUCAAUUAUUCAACCUAUGCAAGGUUCAAGUAGUGGUACUUCCUCAAAAGGAAAAGAGUUGGCACAUAUACCUGAGAAUCAAACCACCUCUAUUUCGGAUAUCCAAAACCACAACCAAAGGGUAAAGAAUAAUGCUAUUGAUACUGUAAUUUCUAGUCGGCAGGAAGAAGAAUUUCUCCGUCGUGUCAGUGGCUAUUUGUCCAACAAUCAGUCAAAAAUGAACGACUUUCGUUCUUUUACUUCAGCAUAUAGAAAUGAAGUAAUUAAUGCACCGCAAUUUGUAGAGUCUUUAUGGAACUUGUUUAACAAGCGUACCGAAACUAUUGGAAAAGUAGUGUCUGGAUUUGUGGAUGUGUUGGAUAGUGAAACAAACAAGAGUGCCCUGUUAAGUGCCUGGAACGAUCGUAAAUCUAUGAUGAACACUGAAUUUCCCGCGUUGGAACUUAGUUCUUCGCCUCAGAAAACCGCAACAGUAAAUAAAAAUCUUAAAAUUCGUAAUUCGAAUAAACCAGCAUCUCGUAAACUUGAUAAAUUACGCGCUGAAACCGAUGCCGCAGUGCAGCGCGCAGAAGAAGCGGAAGCUCAAUAUAAAAAAAUCGAACAAGAAUUGACUGCUAAAGAGCAGGAGAAUAUUUCUCUUCAAAAUAAAAUUGCGCUUUUAGAAGCUGAAGUCGAACGAGCAGAAAAAAAAAUCUCGGAUGCUAAACUUGCCAAGGAAGAAGAAGAAAAUAAUAAGAACGUCUCAGAAAGUCUUCAGAGAAAAGUCGCUUUACUUGAAAAUGAAUUGGAUAACACUGAAAAAAAUUUGAGGGAGACAACAGAAAAACUACGUCAAACAGAUGUUAAGGCAGAACAUUUUGAACGCAAGGUUCAGCAACUUGAAACGGAAAAAGCGGAAUUAGAAAAGCAGUUAGAAGAAAUGACUAACAAAUGUCAAGAAGCCGAAAGAAAAUAUGACGAGGCAAUUAAACAACUUGAUGAAUUUUAA